GAGUACCAAGGGGAGCCGGAUGAGAUCUCCGUGCAGAAGUGCCGCGAAGCCGCCCGUCAGGUUCAAGGACCUGUUAUAGUAGAGGAUACCUGCUUGUGCUUCAACGCGCUCGGGGGACUCCCAGGACCGUACAUAAAGUGGUUCCUGGAAAAGCUCAAACCAGAAGGCCUGUACAAGCUGCUGGCUGGGUUUGAAGACAAAUCUGCCUAUGCUCUCUGUACCUUUGCAUUCAGUACUGGAAACCCAGAGGAGCCCGUGAAGCUGUUCAAAGGCCAGACUCAUGGGCUGAUAGUGGAGCCUAGAGGCCCUCGAGAUUUUGGCUGGGAUCCCUGCUUUCAGCCGGAUGGCUACAGCCAAACCUAUGCUGAGCUGCCCAAGGCAGUGAAGAACUCGAUCUCGCACCGUUACAGAGCGCUGAGCGAGCUCUCUGCCUUCUUCCUUCAGAGCCACUCGGCAGAGCCGCACUCGGGUCCCAGUUAG